GCACGGGCUCAGGCGGCUGCUUGGAGAGCCGGGGUGUCCCGGGCAUGAGCGGGGUGUGGGGGACCGGGGGGCCUCGGUGCCAGGCGGCGCUCGCGGUCCUGGCUUCUCUGUGCCGGGCCCGGCCGCCCCCUCUCGGGCUGGACGUGGAGACUUGUCGGAGCUUCGAGCUACAGCCCCCAGAGAGGAGUCCGAGCGCGGCCGACACAGGCACCUCUGUCAGCCUCCUCGCAGUGGUAGUUAUUGUGUGUGGCGUGGCCCUGGUGGCAGUUUUUCUCUUUCUCUUUUGGAAGCUGUGCUGGAUGCCCUGGAGGAACAAGGAGGCCUCCAGUCCCGCUUCUGCUAGCCCUCCCCCGGAGGCCCCCCAGAGCCCCAGCUCCGGAGGCAACAUGGCGGACAAGCUGAAGGACACCAACAGCCUGGGCUUCCUAGAGGCGGCCGUGAAGAUCAGCCACACGUCCCCAGAUAUCCCGGCCGAGGUGCAGAUGUCGGUCAAGGAGCACAUCAUGCGUCACACGCGGCUGCAGCGACAGACCACAGAGCCAGCAUCGUCUACCAGGCACACGUCCUUCAAGCGCCACCUGCCACGGCAGAUGCACGUGUCCAGCGUGGACUACGGCAACGAGCUGCCCCCCGCGGCGGAGCAGUCCACCAGCAUUGGCCGCAUCAAGCCCGAACUCUACAAGCAGAAAUCGGUGGACGGGGACGAUGCCAAGUCCGAGGCUGCCAAGAGCUGCGGGAAACUCAACUUUAGCCUGCGCUAUGACUACGAGAGCGAGACCCUGAUCGUGCGCAUCCUCAGGGCCUUCGACCUCCCCGCCAAGGACUUUUGCGGCAGCUCUGACCCCUACGUCAAGAUCUACCUCCUGCCUGAUCGCAAACGCAAGCUGCAGACGCGGGUGCACCGCAAGACCCUGAACCCCACCUUCGACGAGAACUUCCACUUCCCCGUGCCCUACGAGGAGCUGGCAGACCGCAAGCUGCAUCUCAGCGUCUUCGACUUCGACCGUUUCUCCCGCCAUGACAUGAUCGGAGAGGUCAUCCUGGACAACCUCUUUGAGGCCUCCGACCUGUCCCGGGAAACCUCCAUCUGGAAGGACAUCCAGUAUGCCACCAGUGAAAGCGUGGACCUGGGAGAGAUCAUGUUCUCGCUGUGCUACCUGCCCACAGCAGGCAGGCUCACCCUCACAGUGAUCAAAUGUCGGAACCUCAAGGCGAUGGACAUUACAGGCUAUUCAGAUCCAUAUGUCAAAGUGUCCCUGCUUUGUGAUGGGAGGAGACUGAAGAAGAAGAAAACGACCAUAAAGAAGAACACUCUCAACCCUGUCUACAAUGAAGCCAUCAUCUUUGACAUCCCCCCAGAGAACAUGGAUCAAGUCAACCUGCUCAUCUCGGUUAUGGAUUACGAUCGUGGCAGGGCCGGGCUGCCAGCUUUGACAGUGAGAGCUCCUGCCCGUCCCCGAAACCACCUCCCACACCAUGAGCUGCGCGGCCGGGCGACACCGAGGGGACUCCGCGACGUUCUUUUUUGCACUUGUUCAACUGUCCAAACACAGUGUUACGCAGGAGCAGCGGCAGCGGUAGCACGAGUCUUAACCGCUCCUGUGUAGGUCAAGGCCAAGACAUUUGUCGAGCGGCUGGACCUGUCUUAGUCGUUUUUGUCUCCCAAGGUGAUGUUUUCUGUGGUUUUCACUUUUUAUGGAUCUGCUGCCAAGAAAAGAAGGGGGAAAUAGUAGGAAAGAAAGAAGAGUGGAGAGCCCAGAGGUUGGUUCAUAUAAAAUACAAUGUAAAAUAGUCGCCUUUUCGGGGGAGGUGGUUUGAGUUCCUGAAGUUUUGUGUCUCCACCAAGCUCCACAACCCUGGAGACGAAGGAAGCAGACUGGAAGAAUGGCUGCUUCUGCAGUGGCCCGCCGAAGGGUGCAGAUCGGGCCACGAGCCUUUACGAGGCGAGUUAUGACCCUUGGAAGCUCUUUGCUGAUGCGACACAGACCGAGAUGAAGACUCCUGGUCCUGCGCUGAAAUCACUGGGGCUCCAAGGUGUCUGUGCACCUUCCGCUGGUUGUGAGGGCUCCUUCCCCCACUUCCUUGUUGACUUUCCUCAUGCAUUGAAUGAAUGUCUUGAUUCCUCAUGGGAACUUAGCCACUUUCUUUAGGAAGGAUUCUGCCGACACUAAACAUGCCCUAUGUUUUCUGGCACACCACAGUUAAUGACCGCAGUUGUUUGAAAACAGAUCUUUGUUCUCAGAAAUAACCUUCAUGGUAAAGAAAAGAAGGCACCCAGGUUCCAGAAUGACUUCUGUGUUAUGCAUAGCUUUAAAAUGCCAUGAAGUAUCAAGCAACUGUUUCAAAUGCCUCAGUAGAUCAGAGAAGAACCUGGAUAAAAUGUUCUUUGGAAAAUGGGGAGUUUUAAUCCAAGUCAGAGCUGGAAUCCAUUUUUCUCUGAAGAGAAUCUUCUUGAUUGAAACAAAGUCAACUUAAGAGUAUUUCAGCGCCCUCCACCCCCUCUUGACUCUGGGACAAUGUUCAUCUUCAACUUUAGUUCUAUAAAUUACUAAGUACUUCAGUGUUUGUUUCAGUGGUAGUGAAGGUUUCGGUUUUUUUCUCCUUUAGACCUCUACUUUAGGCCAAAUUCAGUUUAGGAAAAAAAAAAUGUUUCAAGUGUUCUGCAUUGUCAUAGUACGUUUUUGUUGAGUUACUAGUGGCCUUCCCACCAACCCCCUAUAACUCAAGUUGGUUUGCUUAAUCUCAGUCUGUAUAGCCCUGGUAAAUUCCUGGAGGUGAGUUGCCACUGUAUCUUGUGAAUACACAAUGCCAACUUCCAGAGUCGUGUGUGUGUGACUUUCAAGAGGCAAGUCUGCUGAAGAGCCCCUUCUGCCAUUGGGAAGGUCAAGAACGGAAAAGCUACUCACACACCUUGUGUCUUAUUCUUUGUAUAUGUCACGUGCUUUAGGAGCAGAAACUCAAUAAAGUAACCCUCACUUUAAGCCAAGUUUUCAGGUUUCUCUGCUGAUAUGACUUUGGGCAGUGUCUUCUACCCAGAGUUCAGACUAGACAUGAGGAUGACCAGGAUAUUGUGGCCAGAGAAGUUUUCAGCUCAUAAAAGUAAAGGCAGAUAAACCCAAACUCUACUCUGUACUGAGCCUUAGGCUAGGAGCUAAUGUGAGUCAUUGUAUAAAGAUAAGCUUUCUCCCCAAAUGUCUUGUGAUUGAUAGGCCAUCCUGGUCGGGCAGUACUGUGGCUGGAUGUUCUUUCCAGAAGGAGAAAAAACCUCAUGUCAUGACAAAAAAGGACAAAAAAACCUCUUGUCAUGACAAGACUUCCAACAGGCCAUAAACUUUCUUCUGCCUCUUGACUCUAGACUGAUUCCAUAAAGAGGGCCAUCUCAGUCACUGGGCAGAUGCUGUGGGUCCUGCAACUAGGAAGGGGACAGCUGAGUUUCCUGGGUCACAGCCCAGAAAUUAGUGUGAGAGGAUCCUUCCAGAAGUGAGCUCAAAACACAUGUCCAGCUGCCAUCCUCAUAACCCUUAGGCACAUGAGAAUGACCACUGGACCCUUUCGGAGGAGGGAGUGUGAUCGGUGUGAAGGGUGGGAUAGUGACUGCCUUCAGACAUUCCUUUUAUGUCCAAGCAGCUGACCCACACAAGCGAAACUCCCCGUGGUGUUGGGAGAUGGUUUCCUGAGCAGAUUGCGGUCUGCCCCCCACCACCGACCCAGUUGCCACUUCCACUGUCGCAGCCUUGGUAAGUUUCUACAGCCUGGAAAGCCCAGGCUAGGGAGGCUCUCAGCAGCAGGAGCCUCACCCCCCAAGCAUCUUCUGGGGAGACUAGUCCUCAACCCACAGCAUGAAUGAACCUGAAUGUCUGCCAACGUCAUUAUCUAGCCCAAUACCUCUUUCUCGCGGAUGAGAAUAAAAUGAAUUACAAGUUUCAGAACAAAAUGAAAUACAAAGUUGAUUCAUUUGUUAGCUUCUCUGCCCGGAGAAACCUCUUUCCUGUCUUGGCGUUUUGAGCUUUGCUCAAGUCAUGAUAAUCAGGGCCUUUUGCAUAUAGAAGUGUUUUGUUUUUGUUUUUGUUUUUGUUUUAAAGCAAAGUUCCCUUCUUUGUUUAGCAGUGUUUCUGGGCUAAAAGAUGCCUCUCCCCCUUCCUUCACAUAUUCAGGAUGUUAACUAAUUGCAUCGUCAUUUAAAAAAUUAUGUUGUUCAUUACUGCUUCGUGUCUCCCCUCCCCUGUCACAGCCUGGAGUUUUUAUUCAAUUAAAUAUCCGUCUCUCCCCCA